AAAAUGGAUUUUGAUAAAUUAGCAACAGAAUUGGACAAAUUAAAUUUGCUUCAAUUGGAAGGGGAGGAUCUGAACGAUCCAGAAACUUGGCUUUUCAAUCCAACACCUGAGAGUCCUAGAACUAAAGAAGAUGAAAGUUUGGAUAAAUGGUUAAAAGGAGCUGUUGAAAAAGUUGAUUUUCGUACAAGAUCAGCUUUAAGUCGCCGUUUAGAAAAGAAAAGUUUGUUUUUUAAUUUAUACAAGUAUGGGCUGAAAAGGGUGGGGUGUUUUGAGUUUUUUAAAUUAACUAUAAGUAAAAUUAUUUGUUUUUCAGAAAGAAAAGUGGAUAAAGAAAAGCGUCGCAACAAUAUGGAAAAUUCUCUAUCAAUGAUUGAAGAGGUUAGUAAUGAAUCUGGACCUAUGUCUGAUCGUGAACAACAACGCAAUCGAAGGCCUCGAGAAAAAGAAAAUAUGGCUGCACGUAAAGCAAUUAGUGAAGCUAGUAUUGAUUCUAAUGAUGAUUAUGAAGAUGAGGAGGAUGAUGAAGAAUAUUUUGAUGCUCCAAGCACACCAAAGAAGUUACCUUUUGGAAGAAAUUUGGCUGCACAACAGUCACCAAGAAAAAUUCGGGGAAUUAAUACAACGCCGAGAAAUCCAAAAGACUUGAAAAAGGUAAAAUUAGAGAAUGUCAAAGAAGAAUCGCCAACAGAAUGGAAAAAUCUUGGGGAUAUUCAACGCCGUGCUAAAGAACAGGAAAAAGAGCUUCAACUUGAAUUAAUGAAAAGUCGUAGAGACUGGCAAACAACAACGACAUCCAACAAGGCUUCAAUUAAUGUUAAUACGUCUUCGCGUUCUCGACAAAACAGCACAUCGUCUUCUGCUUCUUCAAUAAUUAGUGGUCAUUACAACAACAACACCAACAAAAAUACAAAUAAUUCAGCACAAUCCUGUACGAUUUCAACAAGUAAAUCAGUUGAUUUUCGAAGCAAGUCAUCAUCAGUUAAAAAUUGUGAUCAAAUUUCUAUUGCUUCCUCGCGUUCAAACGAAGGGUCCUUAGCUGAUUUAAGUGUUUUUUCUGCUUCUGAUCAAAUCAAUCAGGGACUGAAUUCGCGUCUACCGCUUCCUCGUCGUCCAACUAUUCCAGGCAAAACUGGAAUACCACAUCCAACACCUAAAAGAAUUUUGCAAAAGAUUGAACCAGCAGAAAGAAUGCGGAAUAACUCAUCACCACCUGCUGAUCCAACACCUAUGGAUGAUGAUGAAUGUUUUUAA